AGCCCAGAGGAGCAGCCACUCAGAAAAAAAGAGGUUAAAAUCAACUCAGAGCGGAGGAGGGAGGGAGAGAGAGGGGGCAGAAAACGCCCUGGAAAUCUGGUUGAUCAAGAAAUCGAAAAAGAUUGACAGAGUCCUAGCAGACUGCGAAGGCGUGACAGUGUGAAAGUGUUUUUCUUGGAUUGAGGAGAAGGGGAGAAGUUUUCAAGGAUGCUCAAGCAGGCGUGAGGCUUCUAGGGCGCUAAGGCUGCGCACAGAAGUCAAGAAUACAAGAACAGAAGCAAUAAACUGAAGCUCCUUGGCUUUGCUUGAGCAAUCCAAGGAAAACAAAGAGAAUUUGUGCUACAACGAGGCUUGAAUUGAAGAAAACAAAAACAAGAUGGCUGACGAAGAGGAGACAAGGGAGGUACUCUUUCCAGAUUGGGAAGGUCCUGACAAAACUGGCAUGACCAUUGAACAGACAAGUGGAGGACAGCUCUUUGUUAAGGAGGUGAAAGGAGAGUCACCAGCAGCACGGUCUGGAAAAGUAUAUGAAGGUGACCAAAUUGUGGGUGCCACUAUCUACUUUGAAAAUAUGAGUUCUGAAGAAACAGCAGAGCUACUAAAGACACUGAACAAACACAAGGUUGGACUGAAACUACAAAACAAAGGAGACAAAUCCCCUUACUACUCACCGCUGAGCACACCAUGUCGUUCACCAGUCAGCACCCUUACAUGGGAAGGAAAGACCCGCUUUGGAGAUUCCAGUCCAGAUAUCUUUCUUAGUGGGGAUGAUGAAGAUUAUAAGCGAAUAUACACAAGAAAGAUAAAACCAAGGCUGAAAUCUGAAGACCUUGCAGAGGGAGUGGAUGUUCGCACGGAGCGGCACAGCAGCACAAGCAGCGAUGGCAGCACAAUUACUACCAUCACUCGUCGUAUCACUACUUACACAGUAGAUAUGCCAAGUGGCAUAAGUGAGCAACUUGAACUUUCAAGCCCAGACGUCAAAGGGCUAAGGCACGAAUCUGGAGAUGGAUCUUCUCAUAUCAGAAUCUCACAUGGCAGCCCUUCAGGACCGCAAGUGGACACUGAAGACCUUGAUGUGAAUCUAAAAGGAUCAAAAAUAGAACUACCAUCAUUGUCAGGAACUAAGCUGAAAGAUUUGGACAUGAGUGUGAAAGGUCCCAAAAUGAAGGGAAAUGUUGAUGUACCAAACCUUGAGAGGGAUAUAAAAGCUCCAAAAAUGAAGAUUGAAGGAAAAGAAGUUGACAGUGAAGGCCAAAACAGUGGACUUAUUAUGUCCAAUAUUAAAAUGCCAUCUCUUGGCAUAAAAGGUCCAAAGCCUGAAGGUCAGGAUGUUAAUAUUAAACUUUCCAAGACUGACAUUAAUGUUAAAGCACCUGAAGUCAACGUAUCAUCAUCACGGGGUCCCAAUUUGGAGGAGUUCAACAACAUUGUGAAAGGACCGAAACUCAAGGGAGAUGUUACUGUGUCAGCUCCAAAGAUUGAGGGAGACGUACAAGCUCCAAAAGUGGACAUUGAAGGAAGAUCUGUUAAUAUUGAGGGCCAUAAAGGAGGACUUCAAAUGCCCAAAGUCGAAAUGUCAUCCUUUGGUGUGAAAGGUCAAAAAGUUAAAGGUCCAGACAUUGAUGUCAGCCUUCCUAAAGUUGGAAUUGAUGUCAGCGCACCUGAAGUUGACAUUAAAAAAGCUGCUAUAGAUGUUGAGGAUUCAAGUGGAAAGAUCAAAGGACCACAAUUCAAGAUAUCAGGUAUAUCCGGGCCUAAAAUUUCCAUGCCCAAUGUGGAUGUCAAUCUGAAAGGCCCCAAAGUUGAAGGUAAGGUGGAUGUUCCAAAGAUUGAAGGAAAAGUGAAAGCACCAGGAGUCGACAUUGAGGGACCAAAAGUUGACAUCGAAGGUCCAAAAGGUGGAUUUGAAAUGCCCAAAAUUAAAAUGCCAGCAUUUGGCUUUAAAGGUCCAAAGGUGGAGGGUCCAGAUGUUGACAUAAACCUUCACAAAGCUGAUGUCGAUAUCAAAGCACCUGAAGUUGAUAUUAGUGGAGCAGAAAUUGAAGGCCCUGAUGCCAAACUGAAAGGACCCAAGUUCAAACUGCCAUCACUGUCAGGACCCAGCCUACCAGACUUUGACAUUAAUUUGAAAGGGCCCAAACUCAAGGGAGAUGUUGAUGUGUCAGUUCCAAAGAUUGAGGGAGACAUAAAGGCACCCAAGGUGGACAUUGAGGGACCAGAUGUUGACAUUGAGGGCCACAAAGGAGGACUUAAAAUGCCCAUUCAAAUGCCAACCUUUGGUAUGAAGGGUCCAAAAGUUGAAGGUCCAGAUGUUGAUGUCAGCCUUCCUAAAGGGGAUAUUGACAUCAAAGCCCCCGAAGUUGACAUUAAAGGAGCGGACAUUGAUGUGGAGGGUCCGAGUGGAAAGAUCAAAGGACCAAAAUUCAAGAUGCCAAAUUUAUCCGGGCCUAAAAUUUCCAUGCCUGAUGUGGAUUUCAAUCUGAAAGGCCCCAAAGUUGAAGGUGAGGUGGAUGUUCCAAAGAUUGAAGGAAAAGUGAAAGCACCGGGAGUCGACAUUGAGGGACCAAAAGUUGACAUCGAAGGUCCAAAAGGUGGAUUUGAAAUGCCCAAAAUUAAAAUGCCAACAUUUGGCUUUAAAGGUCCAAAGGUGGAGGGUCCAGAUGUUGACAUAAACCUUCCCAAAGCUGAUGUCAAUGUCAAAGCACCUGAAGUUGAUAUUAGUGGACCAGAAGUUGAAGGUCCUGAUGCCAAACUGAAAGGACCCAAGUUCAAACUGCCAUCAUUGUCAGGACCCAGCCUACCAGACUUUGACAUUAAUUUGAAAGGGCCCAAACUUAAGGGAGAUGUUGAUGUGUCAGUUCCAAAGAUUGAGGGAGACAUAAAGGCACCCAAGGUGGACAUUGAGGGACCAGAUGUUGACAUUGAGGGCCACAAAGGAGGACUUAAAAUGCCCAAAUUCAAAAUGCCAACCUUUGGUAUGAAGGGUCCAAAAGUUGAAGGUCCAGAUGUUGAUGUCAGCCUUCCUAAAGGGGACAUUGACAUCAAAGCCCCUGAAGUUGACAUUAAAGGAGCGGACAUUGAUGUCGAGGGUCCGAGUGGAAAGAUCAAAGGAUCAAAAUUCAAGAUGCCAGGUAUAUCUGGACCUACAAUUUCCAUGCCUGAUGUGGAUUUCAAUCUGAAAGGCCCCAAAGUUGAAGGUGAGGUGGAUGUUCCAAAGAUUGAAGGAAAAGUGAAAGCACCAGGAGUCGACAUUGAGGGACCAAAAGUUGACAUCGAAGGUCCAAAAGGUGGAUUUGAAAUGCCCAAAAUUAAAAUGCCAACAUUUGGCUUUAAAGGUCCAAAAGUGGAGGGUCCAGAUGUUGACAUAAACCUUCCCAAAGCUGAUGUCGAUAUCAAAGCACCUGAAGUUGAUAUUAGUGGACCAGAAAUCGAAGGUCCUGAUGCCAAACUGAAAGGGCCCAAGUUCAAACUGCCAUCACUGUCAGGACCCAGCCUACCAGACUUUGACAUUAAUUUGAAAGGGCCCAAACUCAAGGGAGAUGUUGAUGUGUCAGUUCCAAAGAUUGAGGGAGACAUAAAGGCACCCAAGGUGGACAUUGAGGGACCAGAUGUUGACAUUGAGGGCCACAAAGGAGGACUUAAAAUGCCCAUUCAAAUGCCAACCUUUGGUAUGAAGGGUCCAAAAGUUGAAGGUCCAGAUGUUGAUGUCAGCCUUCCUAAAGGGGAUAUUGACAUCAAAGCCCCCGAAGUUGACAUUAAAGGAGUGGACAUUGAUGUCGAGGGUCCGAGUGGAAAGAUCAAAGGACCAAAAUUCAAGAUGCCAAAUUUAUCCGGGCCUAAAAUUUCUAUGCCUGAUGUGGAUUUCAAUAUGAAAGGCCCCAAAGUUGAAGGUGAGGUGGAUAUUCCAAAGAUUGAAGGAAAAGUGAAAGCACCGGGAGUUGAGAUUGAGGGACCAAAAGUUGACAUCGAAGGUCCAAAAGCUGGAUUUGAAAUGCCCAAAAUUAAAAUGCCAGCAUUUGGCUUUAAAGGUCCAAAGGUGGAGGGUCCAGAUGUUGACAUAAACCUUCCCAAAGCUGAUGUCGAUAUCAAAGCACCUGAAGUUGAUAUUAGUGGACCAGAAAUCGAAGGUCCUGAUGCCAAACUGAAAGGACCCAAGUUCAAACUGCCAUCACUGUCAGGACCCAGCCUACCAGACUUUGACAUUAAUUUGAAAGGGCCCAAACUCAAGGGAGAUGUUGAUGUGUCAGUUCCAAAGAUUGAGGGAGACAUAAAGGCACCGAAAGUGGACAUUGAAGGACCAGAUGUUGACAUUGAGGGCCACAAAGGAGGACUUAAAAUGCCCAAAUUCAAAAUGCCAACCUUUGGUGUGAAGGGUCCAAAAGUUGAAGGCCCAGAUGUUGAUGUCAGCCUUCCUAAAGGGGAUAUUGACAUCAAAGCCCCCGACGUUGACAUUAAAGGAGCGGACAUUGAUGUCGAGGGUCCGAGUGGAAAGAUCAAAGGACCAAAAUUCAAGAUGCCCGGUAUAUCCGGGCCUAAAAUUUCCAUGCCUGAUGUGGAUUUCAAUCUGAAAGGCCCCAAAGUUGAAGGCGAGGUGGAUAUUCCAAAGAUUGAAGGAAAAAUGAAAGCACCGGGAGUCGACAUUGAGGGACCAAAAGUUGACAUCGAAGGUCCAAAAGGUGGAUUUGAAAUGCCCAAAAUUAAAAUGCCAACAUUUGGCUUUAAAGGUCCAAAGGUGGAGGGUCCAGAUGUUGACAUAAACCUUCCCAAAGCUGAUGUCGAUAUCAAAGCACCUGAAGUUGAUAUCAGUGGACCAGAAAUCGAAGGUCCUGAUGCCAAACUGAAAGGACCCAAGUUCAAACUGCCAUCACUGUCAGGACCCAGCCUACCAGACUUUGACAUUAAUUUGAAAGGGCCCAAACUCAAGGGAGAUGUUGAUGUGUCAGUUCCAAAGAUUGAGGGAGACAUAAAGGCACCCAAGGUGGACAUUGAGGGACCAGAUGUUGACAUUGAGGGCCACAAAGGAGGACUUAAAAUGCCCAAAUUCAAAAUGCCAACCUUUGGUAUGAAGGGUCCAAAAGUUGAAGGUCCAGAUGUUGAUGUCAGCCUUCCUAAAGGGGAUAUUGACAUCAAAGCCCCCGAAGUUGACAUUAAAGCAGCAGAUAUUGAUGUCGAGGGUCCGAGUGGAAAGAUCAAAGGACCAAAAUUCAGGAUGCCAGGUAUAUCCGGGCCUAAAAUUUCCAUGCCUGAUGUGGAUUUCAAUCUGAAAGGCCCCAAAGUUGAAGGUGAGGUGGAUAUUCCAAAGAUUGAAGGAAAAGUGAAAGCACCGGGAGUCGACAUUGAGGGACCAAAAGUUGACAUCGAAGGUCCAAAAGGUGGAUUUGAAAUGCCCAAAAUUAAAAUGCCAACAUUUGGCUUUAAAGGUCCAAAGGUGGAGGGUCCAGAUGUUGACAUAAACCUUCCCAAAGCUGAUGUCGAUAUCAAAGCACCUGAAGUUGAUAUCAGUGGACCAGAAAUCGAAGGUCCUGAUGCCAAACUGAAAGGACCCAAGUUCAAACUGCCAUCACUGUCAGGACCCAGCCUACCAGACUUUGACAUUAAUUUGAAAGGGCCCAAACUCAAGGGAGAUGUUGAUGUGUCAGUUCCAAAGAUUGAGGGAGACAUAAAGGCACCCAAGGUGGACAUUGAGGGACCAGAUGUUGACAUUGAGGGCCACAAAGGAGGACUUAAAAUGCCCAAAUUCAAAAUGCCAACCUUUGGUAUGAAGGGUCCAAAACUUGAAGGCCCAGAUGUUGAUGUCAGCCUUCCUAAAGGGGAUAUUGACAUCAAAGCCCCCGAAGUUGACAUUAAGGGAGCAGAUAUUGAUGUCGAGGGUCCGAGUGGAAAGAUCAAAGGACCAAAAUUCAGGAUGCCAGGUAUAUCCGGGCCUAAAAUUUCCAUGCCUGAUGUGGAUUUCAAUCUGAAAGGCCCCAAAGUUGAAGGUGAGGUGGAUAUUCCAAAGAUUGAAGGAAAAGUGAAAGCACCAGGAGUCGACAUUGAGGGACCAAAAGUUGACAUCGAAGGUCCAAAAGGUGGAUUUGAAAUGCCCAUUAAAAUGCCAACAUUUGGCUUUAAAGGUCCAAAGGUGGAGGGUCCAGAUGUUGACAUAAACCUUCCCAAAGCUGAUGUCGAUAUCAAAGCACCUGAAGUUGAUAUCAGUGGACCAGAAAUCGAAGGACCUGAUGCCAAACUGAAAGGAUCCAAGUUCAAACUGCCAUCACUGUCAGGACCCAGCCUACCAGACUUUGACAUUAAUUUGAAAGGGCCCAAACUCAAGGGAGAUGUUGAUGUGUCAGUUCCAAAGAUUGAGGGAGACAUAAAGGCACCCAAAGUGGACAUUGAGGGACCAGAUGUUGACAUUGAGGGCCACAAAGGAGGACUUAAAAUGCCCAAAUUCAAAAUGCCAACCUUUGGUAUGAAGGGUCCAAAACUUGAAGGCCCAGACGUUGAUGUCAGCCUUCCUAAAGGGGAUAUUGACAUCAAAACCCCCGAAGUUGACAUUAAAGGAGCGGACAUUGAUGUCGAGGGUCCAAGUGGAAAGAUCAAAGGACCAAAAUUCAAGAUGCCAAAUUUAUCCGGGCCUAAAAUUUCCAUGCCUGAUGUGGAUUUCAAUCUGAAAGGCCCCAAAGUUGAAGGUGAGGUGGAUAUUCCAAAGAUUGAAGGAAAAGUGAAAGCACCGGGAGUCGACAUUGAGGGACCAAAAGUUGACAUCGAAGGUCCAAAAGGUGGAUUUGAAAUGCCCAAAAUUAAAAUGCCAACAUUUGGCUUUAAAGGUCCAAAGGUGGAGGGUCCAGAUGUUGACAUAAACCUUCCCAAAGCUGAUGUCGAUAUCAAAGCACCUGAAGUUGAUAUCAGUGGACCAGAAAUCGAAGGCCCUGAUGCCAAACUGAAAGGACCCAAGUUCAAACUGCCAUCACUGUCAGGACCCAGCCUACCAGACUUUGACAUUAAUUUGAAAGGGCCCAAACUCAAAGGAGAUGUUGAUGUGUCAGUUCCAAAGAUUGAGGGAGACAUAAAGGCACCCAAGGUGGACAUUGAGGGACCAGAUGUUGACAUUGAGGGCCACAAAGGAGGACUUAAAAUGCCCAAAUUCAAAAUGCCAACCUUUGGUAUGAAGGGUCCAAAAGUUGAAGGUCCAGAUGUUGAUGUCAGCCUUCCUAAAGGGGAUAUUGACAUCAAAGCCCCCGACGUUGACAUUAAAGGAGCAGAUAUUGAUGUCGAGGGUCCGAGUGGAAAGAUCAAAGGACCAAAAUUCAGGAUGCCAGGUAUAUCCGGGCCUAAAAUUUCCAUGCCUGAUGUGGAUUUCAAUCUGAAAGGCCACAAAGUUGAAGGUGAGGUGGAUAUUCCAAAGAUUGAAGGAAAAGUGAAAGCACCAGGAGUCGACAUUAAGGGACCAAAAGUUGACAUCGAAGGUCCAAAAGGUGGAUUUGAAAUGCCCCAUAUUAAAAUGCCAUCUUUUGGCUUUAAAGGUCCAAAGGUGGAGGGUCCAGAUGUUGACAUAAACCUUCCCAAAGCUGAUAUCGAUAUCAAAGCACCUGAAGUUGAUAUCAGUGGACCAGAAAUCGAAGGUCCUGAUGCCAAACUGAAAGGACCCAAGUUCAAACUGCCAUCACUGUCAGGACCCAGCCUACCAGACUUUGACAUUAAUUUGAAAGGGCCCAAACUCAAGGGAGAUGUUGAUGUGUCAGUUCCAAAGAUUGAGGGAGACAUAAAGGCACCCAAGGUGGACAUUGAGGGACCAGAUGUUGACAUUGAGGGCCACAAAGGAGGACUUAAAAUGCCCAAAUUCAAAAUGCCAACCUUUGGUAUGAAGGGUCCAAAACUUGAAGGCCCAGACGUUGAUGUCAGCCUUCCUAAAGGGGAUAUUGACAUCAAAGCCCCUGAAGUUGACAUUAAAGGAGCGGACAUUGAUGUCGAGGGUCCAAGUGGAAAGAUCAAAGGACCAAAAUUCAAGAUGCCAAAUUUAUCCGGGCCUAAAAUUUCCAUGCCUGAUGUGGAUUUCAAUCUGAAAGGCCCCAAAGUUGAAGGUGAGGUGGAUAUUCCAAAGAUUGAAGGAAAAGUGAAAGCACCGGGAGUCGACAUUGAGGGACCAAAAGUUGACAUCGAAGGUCCAAAAGGUGGAUUUGAAAUGCCCAAAAUUAAAAUGCCAUCAUUUGGCUUUAAAGGUCCAAAGGUGGAGGGUCCAGAUGUUGACAUAAACCUUCCCAAAGCUGAUGUCGAUAUCAAAGCACCUGAAGUUGAUAUCAGUGGACCAGAAAUCGAAGGUCCUGAUGCCAAACUGAAAGGACCCAAGUUCAAACUGCCAUCACUGUCAGGACCCAGCCUACCAGACUUUGACAUUAAUUUGAAAGGGCCCAAACUCAAGGGAGAUGUUGAUGUGUCAGUUCCAAAGAUUGAGGGAGACAUAAAGGCACCCAAGGUGGACAUUGAGGGACCAGAUGUUGACAUUGAGGGCCACAAAGGAGGACUUAAAAUGCCCAAAUUCAAAAUGCCAACCUUUGGUAUGAAGGGUCCAAAAGUUGAAGGUCCAGAUGUUGAUGUCAGCCUUCCUAAAGGGGAUAUUGACAUCAAAGCCCCUGACGUUGACAUUAAAGGAGUGGACGUUGAUGUCGAGGGUCCGAGUGGAAAGAUAAAAGGACCAAAAUUCAAGAUGCCAGGUAUAUCCGGCCCUAAAUUUUCCAUGCCUGAUGUGGAUUUCAAUCUGAAAGGCCCCAAAGUUGAAGGUGAGGUGGAUAUUCCAAAGAUUGAAGGAAAAGUGAAAGCACCGGGAGUCAACAUUGAGGGACCAAAAGUUGACAUCGAAGGUCCAAAAGGUGGAUUUGAAAUGCCCAAAAUUAAAAUGCCAACAUUUGGCUUUAAAGGUCCAAAGGUGGAGGGUCCAGAUGUUGACAUAAACCUUCCCAAAACUGAUAUCGAUGUCAAAGCACCUGAAGUUGAUAUUAGUGGACCAGAAAUCGAAGGUCCUGAUGCCAAACUGAAAGGACCUAAGUUCAAACUGCCAUCACUGUCAGGACCCAGCCUUCCAGACUUUGACAUUAAUUUGAAAGGGCCCAAACUCAAAGGAGAUGUUGAUGUGUCAGUUCCAAAGAUUGAGGGAGACAUAAAGGCACCAAAAGUGGACAUUGAGGGACCAGAUGUUGACAUUGAGGGCCACAAAGGAGGACUUAAAAUGCCCAAAUUCAAAAUGCCAACCUUUGGUAUGAAGGGUCCAAAAGUUGAAGGUCCAGAUGUUGAUGUCAGCCUUCCUAAAGGGGAUAUUGACAUCAAAGCCCCUGAAGUUGACAUUAAAGGAGUCGACGUUGAUGUCGAGGGUCCAAGUGGAAAGAUAAAAGGACCAAAAUUCAAGAUGCCAAAUCUAUCCGGGCCUAAAAUUUCCAUGCCUGAUGUGGAUUUCAAUCUGAAAGGCCCCAAAGUUGAAGGUGAGGUGGAUAUUCCAAAGAUUGAAGGAAAAGUGAAAGCACCAGGAGUCGACAUUGAGGGACCAAAAGUUGACAUCGAAGGUCCAAAAGCUGGAUUUGAAAUGCCCAAAAUUAAAAUGCCAACAUUUGGCUUUAAAGGUCCAAAGGUGGAGGGUCCAGAUGUUGACAUAAACCUUCCCAAAGCUGAUGUCGAUAUCAAAGCACCUGAAGUUGAUAUUAGUGGACCAGAAAUCGAAGGUCCUGAUGCCAAACUCAAAGGACCCAAGUUCAAACUUCCAUCACUGUCAGGACCCAGCCUGCCAGAUUUUGACAUUAAUUUGAAAGGGCCCAAACUCAAGGGAGAUGUUGAUGUGUCAGUUCCAAAGAUUGAGGGAGACAUAAAGGCACCCAAGGUGGACAUUGAGGGACCAGAUGUUGACAUUGAGGGACACAAAGGAGGACUUAAAAUGCCCAAAUUCAAAAUGCCAACCUUUGGUAUGAAGGGUCCAAAAGUUGAAGGUCCAGAUGUUGAUGUCCGCCUUCCUAAAGGAGAUAUUGACAUCAAAGCCCCCGAAGUUGACAUUAAAGGAGCGGACAUUGAUGUCGAGGGUCCAAGUGGAAAGAUCAAAGGACCAAAAUUCAAGAUGCCAGGUAUAUCCGGGCCUAAAAUUUCCAUGCCUGAUGUGGAUUUCAAUCUGAAAGGCCCUAAAUUUGAAGGUGAGGUGGAUGUUCCAACGAUUGAAGGAAAAGUGAAAGUACCGGAAGUCGACAUUGAGGGACCAAAAGUUGACAUCGAAGGUCCAAAAGGUGGAUUUGAAAUGCCCAAAAUUAAAAUGCCAACAUUUGGCUUUAAAGGUCCAAAGGUGGAGGGUCCAGAUGUGAACAUAAACCUUCCCAAAGCUGAUGUUGAUAUCAAAGCACCUGAAGUUGAUAUUAGUGGACCAGAAAUUGAAGGUCCUGAUGCCAAACUGAAAGGACCCAAGUUCAAACUGCCAUCACUGUCAGGACCCAGCCUACCAGACUUUGACAUUAAUUUGAAAGGGCCCAAACUCAAGGGAGAUGUUGAUGUGUCAGUUCCAAAGAUUGAGGGAGACAUAAAGGCACCGAAAGUGGACAUUGAAGGACCAGAUGUUGACAUUGAGGGCCACAAAGGAGGACUUAAAAUGCCCAAAUUCAAAAUGCCAACCUUUGGUAUGAAGGGUCCAAAAGUUGAAGGUCCAGAUUUUGAUGUCAGCCUUCCUAAAGGGGACAUUGACAUCAAAGCCCCUGACGUUGACAUUAAAGGAGCGGACAUUGAUGUCGAGGGUCCGAGUGGAAAGAUCAAAGGACCAAAAUUCAAGAUGCCAGGUAUAUCUGGGCCUAAGAUUUCCAUGCCUGAUGUGGAUUUCAAUCUGAAAGGCCCCAAAGUUGAAGGUGAGGUGGAUAUUCCAAAGAUUGAAGGAAAAGUGAAAGCACCAGGAGUCGACAUUGAGGGACCAAAAGUUGACAUCGAAGGUCCAAAAGGUGGAUUUGAAAUGCCCAAAAUUAAAAUGCCAACAUUUGGCUUUAAAGGUCCAAAGGUGGAGGGUCCAGAUGUUGACAUAAACCUUCCCAAAGCUGAUGUCGAUAUCAAAGCACCUGAAGUUGAUAUUAGUGGACCAGAAAUCGAAGGUCCUGAUGCCAAACUGAAAGGAUCCAAGUUCAAACUGCCAUCACUGUCAGGACCUAGCCUACCAGACUUUGACAUUAAUUUGAAAGGGCCCAAACUCAAGGGAGAUGUUGAUGUUUCAGCUCCAAAGAUUGAGGGAGACAUAAAGGCACCGAAAGUGGACAUUGAAGGACCAGAUGUUGACAUUGAGGGCCACAAAGGAGGACUUAAAAUGCCCAAAUUCAAAAUGCCAACCUUUGGUAUGAAGGGUCCAAAAGUUGAAGGUCCAGAUUUUGAUGUCAGCCUUCCUAAAGGGGAUAUUGACAUCAAAGCCCCCGACGUUGACAUUAAAGGAGCGGACAUUGAUGUCGAGGGUCCGAGUGGAAAGAUCAAAGGACCAAAAUUCAAGAUGCCAGGUAUAUCUGGGCCUAAGAUUUCCAUGCCUGAUGUGGAUUUCAAUCUCAAAGGCCCCAAAGUUGAAGGUGAGGUGGAUAUUCCAAAGAUUGAAGGAAAAGUGAAAGCACCGGGAGUCGACAUUGAGGGACCAAAAGUUGACAUCGAAGGUCCAAAAGGUGGAUUUGAAAUGCCCAAAAUUAAAAUGCCAACAUUUGGCUUUAAAGGUCCAAAGGUGGAGGGUCCAGAUGUUGACAUAAACCUUCCCAAAGCUGAUGUCGAUAUCAAAGCACCUGAAGUUGAUAUUAGUGGACCAGAAAUCGAAGGUCCUGAUGCCAAACUGAAAGGACCCAAGUUCAAACUGCCAUCACUGUCAGGACCCAGCCUACCAGACUUUGACAUUAAUUUGAAAGGGCCCAAACUCAAGGGAGAUGUUGAUGUUUCAGCUCCAAAGAUUGAGGGAGACAUAAAGGCACCGAAAGUGGACAUUGAAGGACCAGAUGUUGACAUUGAGGGCCACAAAGGAGGACUUAAAAUGCCCAAAUUCAAAAUGCCAACCUUUGGUAUGAAGGGUCCAAAAGUUGAAGGUCCAGAUUUUGAUGUCAGCCUUCCUAAAGGGGACAUUGACAUCAAAGCCCCCGACGUUGACAUUAAAGGAGCGGACAUUGAUGUCGAGGGUCCAAGUGGAAAGAUCAAAGGACCAAAAUUCAAGAUGCCAGGUAUAUCUGGGCCUAAGAUUUCCAUGCCUGAUGUGGAUUUCAAUCUGAAAGGCCCCAAAGUUGAAGGUGAGGUGGAUAUUCCAAAGAUUGAAGGAAAAGUGAAAGCACCGGGAGUCGACAUUGAGGGACCAAAAGUUGACAUCGAAGGUCCAAAAGGUGGAUUUGAAAUGCCCAAAAUUAAAAUGCCAACAUUUGGCUUUAAAGGUCCAAAGGUGGAGGGUCCAGAUGUUGACAUAAACCUUCCCAAAGCUGAUGUCGAUAUCAAAGCACCUGAAGUUGAUAUUAGUGGACCAGAAAUCGAAGGUCCUGAUGCCAAACUGAAAGGACCCAAGUUCAAACUGCCAUCACUGUCAGGACCCAGCCUACCAGACUUUGACAUUAAUUUGAAAGGGCCCAAACUCAAGGGAGAUGUUGAUGUUUCAGCUCCAAAGAUUGAGGGAGACAUAAAGGCACCGAAAGUGGACAUUGAAGGACCAGAUGUUGACAUUGAGGGCCACAAAGGAGGACUUAAAAUGCCCAAAUUCAAAAUGCCAACCUUUGGUAUGAAGGGUCCAAAAGUUGAAGGUCCAGAUGUUGAUGUCAGCCUUCCUAAAGGGGAUAUUGACAUCAAAGCCCCCGAAGUUGACUUUAAAGGAGCGGACAUUGAUGUCGAGGGUCCGAGUGGAAAGAUCAAAGGACCAAAAUUCAAGAUGCCAGGUAUAUCUGGGCCUAAGAUUUCCAUGCCUGAUGUGGAUUUCAAUCUGAAAGGCCCCAAAGUUGAAGGUGAGGUGGAUAUUCCAAAGAUUGAAGGAAAAGUGAAAGCACCGGGAGUCGACAUCGAGGGACCAAAAGUUGACAUCGAAGGUCCAAAAGGUGGAUUUGAAAUGCCCCAUAUUAAAAUGCCAUCAUUUGGCUUUAAAGGUCCAAAGGUGGAAGGUCCAGAUGUUGACAUAAACCUUCCCAAAGCUAAUGUCAAUGUCAAAGCACCUGAAGUUGAUAUUAGUGGACCAGAAGUUGAAGGUCCUGAUGGAAAACUCAAAGGACCCAAGUUCAAACUUCCAUCACUGUCUGGACCCAGCCUACCAGACUUUGACAUUAAUUUGAAAGGGCCUAAACUCAAGGGAGAUGUUGAUGUAUCAGCUCCAAAGGUUGAAGGCGAUAUUAAAAUCCCUGAAGUAGAUGUCCAAGGUCCCAAGAUGGACAUUGGCUCUCCACAGGGAAAGAUUUCAGGGCCCAAGGUUAAGUUUCCAACAAUAAGUGGACCCAAAAUGUCCCUGCCAGAUGUUGACAUCAAUUUAAAGGGACCAAAGUUGAAAGGAGACAUGAAGGGGGAUUUUCAUCUAUCAAAACCUGAAAUUGAGGGACCAGAUGCGUCAAUUGAUAUUCCAGAAACUGGUUCAAAGAAAAUGAAAUUCAAAAUGCCAAGGUUUGGUUUCAAGGGUCCAAAGGUAAAUGCACCAGACAGUGAGAUGAAAUUGCCUCAAGGUGACAUAAACCUCAAAGGAAAAACUGGCAGCCUUGAGGGUGUGGACCUUGAUUUGGAACUCUCUACACCAAAAGCUAAAGGAUCUAAGUUCAAAAUGCCAAAAUUUGGAUUUAGAAGUCCAAAGGUUGAGAUUUCAGAUGCUGAUGUAAAUGUUUCAACACCUAGCACUGAGAUAGAGACACCGGAAGUGAAAAUAGAAGCACCUGAUAUUGAUGUUGAGGGUCCAAGUGGGAAGAUCAAAGGACCAAAAUUCAAGAUGCCAAAUAUCUCAGGACCAAAGAUGUCCAUGCCAGACGUAGAUUUCAAACUAAAAGGUCCUAAAUUUGAAGGUGAUGUUGAUAUACCAAAGGCUGAAGGAAAAAUAAAGGCACCUGAGGUGAAUAUAAAAGGCUCAGAGAUUGACUUCGAAGGCCCAAAAGGUGGACUGGAUAUGCCCAAAAUUAAAAUGCCAACAUUUGGUUUCAAAGGCCCAAAGGUGGAGGGUCCAGAUGUUGACAUAAACCUUCCCAAAGCUGAUGUCAAUGUCAAAGCACCUGAAGUUGAUAUUAGUGGACCAGAAAUUGAAGGUCCUGAUGGAAAACUCAAAGGACCCAAGUUCAAACUUCCAUCACUGUCAGGACCCAGCCUACCAGACUUUGACAUUAAUUUGAAAGGGCCCAAACUCAAGGGAGAUGUUGAUGUGUCAGUUCCAAAGAUUGAGGGAGACAUAAAGGCACCGAAAGUGGACAUUGAGGGACCAGAUGUUGACAUUGAGGGCCACAAAGGAGGACUUAAAAUGCCCAAAUUCAAAAUGCCAACCUUUGGUAUGAAGGGUCCAAAACUUGAAGGUCCAGAUGUUGAUGUCAGCCUUCCUAAAGGGGAUAUUGACAUCAAAGCCCCUGAAGUUGACAUUAAAGGAGCGGACAUUGAUGUCGAGGGUCCAAGUGGAAAGAUCAAAGGACCAAAAUUCAAGAUGCCCGGUAUAUCCGGGCCCAAAAUUUCCAUGCCUGACGUGGAUUUUAACAUGAAAAGUCCUAAACUUGAAGGUGACAUCAAACUUCCAAAAAUGCAAGGAGAAAUAAAAGCACCGGCAGUGGACCUCGAAGGUCCAGAGUUUGAUGUUGAAGGCCCCAAAGGUGGAUUUGAAAUGCCUAAAAUUAAAAUGCCAACAUUUGGUUUCAAAGGUCCAAAGAUGGAGGGUCCAGAUGUUGACAUAAACCUUCCCAAAGCUGAUGUCAAUGUCAAAGCACCUGAAGUUGAUAUUAGUGGACCAGAAAUCGAAGGUCCUGAUGCCAAACUGAAAGGACCCAAGUUCAAACUGCCAUCACUGUCAGGACCCAGCCUACCAGACUUUGACAUUAAUUUGAAAGGGCCCAAACUCAAGGGAGAUGUUGAUGUGUCAGUUCCAAAGAUUGAGGGAGACAUAAAGGCACCCAAGGUGGACAUUGAGGGACCAGAUGUUGACAUUGAGGGCCACAAAGGAGGACUUAAAAUGCCCAAAUUCAAAAUGCCAGCCUUUGGUAUGAAGGGUCCAAAAGUUGAAGGUCCAGAUGUUGAUGUCAGCCUUCCUAAAGGGGACAUUGACAUCAAAACCCCUGAAGUUGACAUUAAAGGAGCAGACAUUGAUGUCGAGGGUCCGAGUGGAAAGAUCAAAGGACCAAAAUUCAAGAUGCCAAAUUUAUCCGGCCCUAAAAUUUCCAUGCCUGAUUUGGAUUUCAAUGUAAAAGGCCCCAAAGUUGAAGGUGAGGUGGAUGUUCCAAAAAUUGAAGGAAAAGUGAAAGCACCGGGAGUCGACAUUAAGGGACCAAAAGUUGACAUCGAAGGUCCAAAAGGUGGAUUUGAAAUGCCCCAUAUUAAAAUGCCAUCUUUUGGCUUUAAAGGUCCAAAGGUGGAGGGUCCAGAUGUUGACAUAAACCUUCCCAAAGCUGAUGUCAAUGUCAAAGCACCUGAAGUUGAUAUUAGUGGACCAGAAGUUGAAGGUCCUGAUGCAAAACUCAAAGGACCCAAGUUCAAACUGCCAUCAUUGUCAGGACCCAGCCUACCAGACUUUGACAUUAAUUUGAAAGGCCCCAAAUUUAAGGGAGAUGUUGAUGUAUCAGCUCCAAAGAUUGAGGGAGACAUAAAGGCACCCAAGGUGGACAUUGAGGGACCAGAUGUUGACAUUGAGGGCCACAAAGGAGGACUUAAAAUGCCCAAAUUCAAAAUGCCAACCUUUGGUAUGAAGGGUCCAAAAGUUGAAGGUCCAGAGUUUGAUGUCAGCCUUCCUAAAGGGGACAUUGACAUCAAAGCCCCCGACGUUGACAUUAAAGGAGCGGACAUUGAUGUGGAGGGUCCAAGUGGAAAGAUCAAAGGACCAAAAUUCAAGAUGCCAGGUAUAUCUGGCCCUAAAAUUUCCAUGCCUGAUGUGGAUUUCAAUCUGAAAGGCCCCAAAGUUGAAGGUGAGGUGGAUGUUCCAAAGAUUGAAGGAAAAGUGAAAGCACCGGAAGUUGACAUUGAGGGACCGAAAGUUGACAUCGAAGGUCCAAAAGGUGGAUUUGAAAUGCCCAAAAUUAAAAUGCCAACAUUUGGCUUUAAAGGUCCAAAGGUGGAAGGUCCAGAUGUUGACAUAAACCUUCCCAAAGCUGAUGUAAAUGUCAAAGCACCUGAAGUUGAUAUUAGUGGACCAGAAAUCGAAGGUCCUGAUGCAAAACUUAAAGGACCCAAGUUCAAACUGCCAUCAUUAUCAGGACCCAGCCUACCAGAUUUUGACAUUAAUUUGAAAGGGCCCAAACUUAAGGGAGAUGUUGAUAUGUCACCUCCAAAGAUUGAGGGAGACAUAAAAGCACCGAAAGUGGACAUUGAGGGACCAGAUGUUGACAUUGAGGGCCACAGAGGAGGACUUAAAAUGCCCAAAUUCAAAAUGCCAACCUUUGGUAUGAAGGGUCCAAAAGUUGAAGGCCCAGACGUUGAUGUCAGCCUUCCUAAAGGGGAUAUUGACAUCAAAGCCCCUGAAUUUGACAUUAAAGGUGCGGACAUUGAUGUCGAGGGUCCAAGUGGAAAGAUCAAAGGACCAAAAUUUAAGAUGCCAGGUAUAUCCGGGCCCAAAAUCUCCAUGCCUGAUGUGGAUUUCAAUCUGAAAGGCCCCAAAGUUGAAGGUGAGGUGGAUAUUCCAAAGAUUGAAGGAAAAAUGAAAGCACCGGGAGUCGACAUUGAGGGACCAAAAGUUGACAUCGAAGGUCCAAAAGGUGGAUUUGAAAUGCCCCAUAUUAAAAUGCCAUCAUUUGGCUUUAAAGGUCCAAAGGUGGAGGGUCCAGAUGUUGACAUAAACCUUCCCAAAGCUGAUGUCAAUGUCAAAGCACCUGAAGUUGAUAUUAGUGGACCAGAAGUUGAAGGUCCUGAUGCAAAACUCAAAGGACCCAAGUUCAAACUGCCAUCACUGUCAGGACCCAGCCUACCAGACUUUGACAUUAAUUUGAAAGGGCCCAAAUUUAAGGGAGAUGUUGAUGUUUCAGCUCCAAAGAUUGAGGGAGACAUAAAGGCACCCAAGGUGGACAUUGAGGGACCAGAUGUUGACAUUGAGGGCCACAAAGGAGGACUUAAAAUGCCCAAAUUCAAAAUGCCAACUUUUGGUAUGAAGGGUCCAAAAGUUGAAGGUCCAGAUGUUGAUGUCAGCCUUCCUAAAGGGGAUAUUGACAUCAAAGCCCCCGAAGUUGAUAUCAAAGGAGCGGACAUUGAUGUUGAGGGUCCGAGUGGAAAGAUCAAAGGACCAAAAUUCAAGAUGCCAGAUAUAUCUGGGCCAAAAAUCUCCAUGCCUGAUGUGGAUUUCAAUCUGAAAGGCCCCAAAGUUGAAGGUGAGGUGGAUGUUCCAAAGAUUGAAGGAAAAGUGAAAGCACCGGGAGUCAACAUUGAGGGACCAAAAGUUGAUAUCGAAGGUCCAAAAGGUGGAUUUGAAAUGCCCAAAAUCAAAAUGCCAACAUUUGGUUUCAAAGGUCCAAAGGUUGAGGGUCCAGAUGUUGACAUAAACCUUCCCAAAGCUGAUGUCAAUGUCAAAGCACCUGAAGUUGAUAUUAGUGGACCAGAAGUUGAAGGUCCUGAUGGAAAACUGAAAGGACCCAAGUUCAACCUUCCAUCACUGUCAGGACCCAGUCUACCAGACUUUGACAUUAAUUUGAAAGGGCCCAAACUUAAGGGAGAUGUCUCAGCUCCAAAGGUUGAGGGAGACAUCAAAGGCCCCAAGGUGGAUAUCAAAGGUCCAGAGUUUGACAUUCAAGGACCCAAAGGUGCACUGAAUAUGCCCAGUAUUAAAAUGCCAUCUUUUGGUAUGAAAGGUCCAAAAGUUGAGGGUCCAGAUGCCGACAUAAAGGCCGAUAUCAAUGUAAAAACACCGAAAGUUGAUAUUACAGGGCCAGAAGUUGAAGGUCCUGAUGCAAAACUCAAAGGACCCAAAAUCAAACUUCCAUCAUUGUCCGGACCUAAGUUGCAGGGCCCUGACAUUAACAUUAACAUUCCCAAACCCAACAAUGAAUUUAAAACAUCCGAUAUUGGAAUUGACCUAAAAGGGCCUAAAAUUAAAGGUGAAGUGGAUGCAUCGGUGCCCAUGUUUGAAGGUGACAUAAAAGGUCCAAAUGCUAACAUCUCUAAUGAUGAUGAAAAGACUGCUGUUACCUUUCCUAAGUUUAAAGGUCCUAAGUUUGCAAUGAAAACCCCAGUUCUCGAAGAUUCUAAAUCCAAUAUCAAGAUGUCCAGUACAGCACCAAAAAGUCUCAAAACAGAAGUUAGUUUCCCAGACACUGACGCAAGUGUUGAUGCCGCUGAUAUUGACAUGAAUGUAAAGGGGAAAAAAGGAAAAUUUAAACUUCCAAAAGUUAAAGGAAAGGCAAAGAAACCUGGUGACAUAGAAACACCAGCAACAGAAAUCGAUGCAGACAUAACAAACAGUUAUGCCAAAGGAACAAAAACAAAGAAGUCUCUGUUUGGAAAGCUUCAUUUUCCUGAUGUAGAAUUAGAUAUAAAAUCACCAAAACCAAAAGGAGAUGGAUCUUUAUCUGCCAUCGAUGGCUCUGGCAGUCACAGUGCAAAUGUUAACUUGGAAGGGUCAAACAUGAAAGUAAAAUCUUCUAAUAUUAAAAUGCAAAGCGGGACUGAUUCAGAAAUAAAUGCAAGUCUUUCAGGAGGAAGUGCAAGUGGUGGACUUCAGUACCCAGAGGGUAAAGUCACAUUUCCCAAAAUCACAAUGCCAAAGUUUGGCAUUGUGUUGCCACAGGUGGAAACCAAAGAAAGUGGAGGAAAUAUUGAAUCAGAACCUGCAGCUAGUGUAGACAUCAAGACAGAAUCUCCAUCUAUUAGUUGCCAAGUCAGUUCUCAAAAUAUUGAGGUUCCCAGUCCAGAGCUGAGACAGGAAGGCAAAGUUAAGGUAAAGAUGCCAAAAUUUUUUGGCAAAUCAAAAGCGAAGGGCAGUAGUGUAGGUGACCUUCACGGAUCAGAGGCAGAAUUAAGUAGCAGUGGAAAAGCAGGUAAGACCUCUAAAGAGCUAAGUGUACAUUCUGGGGAAAUGAUGGGUGGAAAAAUAGAAUUAGAGGGUGAUCCUGGACUGGGUUUGUCAACUAAAGGCAAAUCGGCCUCACUUGAUCUUUUUAAGAAAUCAAGACAUCGAUCUUCCUCUUUCAGUGAUGAGGGGGCAGUUAGUUCUCCUUCAGCUCAAUUAGAAGCUGAAAGUGGUGACAUUUCUUUAGAUCUCGGAAGCAAGGUCAAAGGAAAGAAAGGCAAGCUUAAGUUUGGUACUUUUGGAGGUUUUGGUUCAAAGUCAAAGGGCUCAUAUGAAGUGACACUUGGAGAUGACAGUGAAGCUCGAAUGGAGGGGAGUGCAGGUGUUUCGCUACCUGCUAAAAAAUCAAGACUGUCUUCAUCCUCUAGCAGUGAUAGUGGUUCAAGAGGUGGUUUCAGGUUCCCCAAAGUUGAGCUAUCAGUUUCACCCACAAAGUGAUAAAGAGACAAAUUAAAACCAAAUGUAUUCUCCUAAUAUUGAAAAUUGCUCUUUGUUUCUUUAAAACCUAAGGAGACAUGCACAAUCAUCUCAGUGUGGUUAAUUAUGAAUAUCUUUUAGUAAUCAAACAGAAGUGCAUGAGAUUGUUUAAAAUCCCUUCAAACUGUAAAUAAGAUUAAUUUGUAAUAAUAAAUAUUGUUUUUUGUAUAUAGUCCAGAUUUAAUAAAUAUAUGCCAUCUCACACCAAUAGUUUGUUACAGGGUUUUCUCACUGUGUUCUUUUUCAUUCUAUUAAAUAAAUGUUAAUGAAUGGUUGUGGUAUAUUUGUGUCCAGGGGUCUAUUGCACAGAACCAAUAUGUUUUUUUUUAAAGAUUAAAAUGUUGUUUAUUCACUCAAAUACAGUUACCUUUUUAAGUAGGGAGUGAUUUUAUUUUCAAACUUUAAUAAUAUAUAAUCAGUAAGAUGCCUUUUUAUAACACAUUGUAAAGAGUGAUCAUGUAUAUACCAAUACUGCAACUGUUUUUACAUUUUCAAGUGCUGUCAGUAGUGUUCUGUUCAUUUUAAACAAAAUGUAUUUGCUUAAAUUUGCCAUUUACCACAAAUAUUCAUUUGGUUCAGUUAUUUUAAACAGGAUCUCUUUCCUAAUCAUGUGUUAUUGUCACUCAUUAAUGGUCUGUUUAAUGAUUUUAUUUCAUUUUGUCACUCUCUCUCUUUGUAUACACACCAUAUGCUUGCAUUAAGUGUCACAAAUAGUACCCCCUUGAUGUUAAUUUGUUUGCAUACAAAUUCUUUGUUGAUAGACAAAGAAAUAGUAUUGACUAGAUGCAAGAGAGAUCAUUAUUUUGGUCUAUUAUUUUGUGUGCAAUCUACCAAAUAAACUAAAUAAAAAACCUUUUUGAAUUUAAA